GCUCCAACAAGCUUGUCUUCAUCCUCUCCCUCUUCGAAGCACAUUGUGCGCUGUGACUUAACCUCGCUUACAACAUUGAACGAAUGCCGUUAAAAAUUGGCCUGAAAAGUAUCAGUUCUGGAAUAAUAACAUAUAUUUCUGUUGUCGAACACUGUUGAGAGACAUUCGUUGAGGAAACGGACCCACCAUUUGGAUUUCUAUUCUUGGAACACUCAGAAGCUACUGAGUUGAAACAUUGUUUCCAGUAGACUACGUCGCGCUCCUGAUUAUUGGGUAGAGCUCUGCUUCAGUGUGUGUGGGGAGCAGUGAGGAUGACUGAAUACAAGUUGGUGGUGGUGGGGGCUGGAGGUGUGGGGAAGAGUGCACUCACCAUCCAGCUCAUCCAGAACCACUUUGUGGAUGAAUACGACCCCACCAUAGAGGACUCAUACAGGAAGCAGGUGGUGAUUGACGGGGAGACAUGUCUGCUGGACAUCCUGGACACUGCAGGUCAGGAGGAGUACAGCGCCAUGAGGGACCAGUACAUGAGGACAGGGGAGGGCUUCCUCUGUGUCUUCGCAAUCAACAACACCAAGUCCUUCGAGGACAUCCACCAGUACAGGGAACAGAUCAAGCGCGUGAAGGACUCUGACGACGUGCCCAUGGUGCUGGUGGGUAAUAAAUGUGACCUUCCAUCGCGUACUGUGGACACACGGCAAGCACAGGAACUGGCCCGCAGCUACGGAAUUCCCUACAUCGAGACCUCGGCCAAGACACGACAGGGGGUAGAGGACGCCUUCUACACACUAGUGAGAGAGAUCAGGCAGCACAAGCUGAGGAAGCUCAACCCUCCGGACGAGAGUGGACAGGACUGCAUGAGCUGCCGCUGUGUGGUGUCGUGAUGGAGCUCACCAGUUCGGGGUGAGGAGUGGACCUAUGGCGCGUAGUGGCAGCAUGGACUUAAAGACUGACGGUGGAGGAUGAAACAACAACAAACUUUGAAACUAAAGAGGACAGUCAAAGAAAAGCAGAGCAAGCGGAUGCACCACCAGGCUGACUGUGUACCAUAGAGGAGAGGGGGAUCUUGCCCCUGCCAGGCCGUGCUAGACUAGACUAGGCUGUCUGUCUGUCCCCUCUUUGAGUCCAUGUCUGCCAGAGCAACACCACUAAUAACUGUUUCUCACCAGUGAUCAUGCUCGGCAGCUCCAAUGAGUUCCUGCUAAGUUAUUGUUUUACAGUCUCAACACUGGUCUUAAAGGGGGAUGUCACCAAUCCCUGGUGAGUCCCCCUCACCACCACCUUCUCAUACCUCAAAACCCUGAUUUUACAUUUGACCCCCCGAAAAGACUGGACAGUAGUAGCCUAUAUCCCCAUCCCUAAUUUAACCUCCCCCCAGCCUCCUUGUUCCUCUCUAGAGGGGCUCUGCAGUAACCUCAUUAUUACGGACACAAGUAUGGGGACGGAGCAUGACAAAAGACACGCCACAUAGGAAUGGUCCUUUUUCUAUUUAAUUUUUUUGGUUAGUCUAGCUGUCAAACCGAACUUUCUUUUCUUCUUAAAACACGUUUUUUUUUUAUGUGGCUUUUUUGUGAUUUGAAGGUGAUCAUGCUUGGCGUUGUAAGGUAAGCCAGGAUGUUUCUUUUGUGUGAUGGGCUGUAGCCAUUUUAAGACCUGUCACCGUGAGGAAGUCCUUAUUUGGGUCCUUAUGUGGGCAGGGCUGUGGAUCAGACAGAUGGAUGGACUCAUUUUCCCAGAGUGCCAUUGCCUUCCCCCUCACAGACAUGUUCGUGCACAUGUGUGAGUGUGCUAAAGGGUUCUCUUCGUGGAGUAAUAUAGGACUAGAUAUUGUAGGUUCUGGUGCAAUAGGAAUGUUUACUGUCUAGGUUUAAGAAUUGGGAAUAAACCAUCUCUCUCUCAUGCCUAUUUAUUAUUUGCUUGUAUUUUUUGGGUGGAGAAGGGAGUGGUACAUAAGUGAAGUUUUACUUGCUGUUGCCUUCAAGGUUUGGCUGAAUGGUUGGAAGGAUGGGAGACUAACAUCAUUCCUUGGUCCAUGCAGUGCCAUUAUUUACCAUGGGGUGGUUAUGCAGUGAAUGAUUCUUCUUGCACAGCCUUUCAGGGAAGUGGAACAAAAUACCCUUUGAGAUUAAGUGCUAUUUUAAGACACCGGUGGCAUUCAUUUCUUUCCUAUUCCUUUGCUUAGACAACUGUAUGGUGUUUAGUAUAGUUUGACAUUUCUAGAUAGCAAGUAUCGGUCCUCACUGUGUUUUAAGGCUCAGGAAACGGGAAUGUCCAGAAAUGUCUCACCUUUUGAUCCUGGAACAUAAGAUGGAACGCCAGAAUUUCAAUUUCACAGAUUUUAAUGCACAAGACCUGCCUUAAAUUACUGGUAAUAUGUGGGAUAAAACUGUUUUGACCACAUAAAAUAACCUUCUCUCUCAUUCUACUCGCUACUGCCUCCUCAGUUGGACCUUUGGUUCCCUGAGAAGAUCAUUUGAUUCAGGCUAGUGUGGUAUCGUGUCGAAUGCUGGUGGGUAUUGCUGUCGAUCAAAGAAUCCCUUAGGCUGUAUCGUUUUCAAAGGCCUUUAUUAAAACCACGAGGUUACAGCGUAAGUACAGAUCCCGCGAAGAUCUGGAGAAGCAGUCCCAACUGAAUCUUAAUGCUUUCUACCUCUUCACCGUAAUUUCCCCCUUUAUAUAGCCUUCCAAGAGUUGAAUGGCUCCCUCUACUGUUCAAUCCCCGUAUCUUACAACCCCCUUCCUGUUUGUCAUAUGUGGAGUCACACUAAAACCUUCCCUCUUGAUACCACAACUCAACAUUCUUUCAGUUCCAUUUAAAACAUUUAACACCAUCGUAUUGUCAAUACACUACACUAGUAAUGUACGAGCCAACUUUAUUUGCAAGAAAAGUCAGCGGAAAACAUUCUUCAUUUUAGGGGUUCUCUUUUGAUAUUUCUCAAUAUUACACAUUUUUAGUCAUUUAGCAGAUGCUCUUAUCCAGAUAUGUCCAGAUAUUGAAUGGUGUAGGUAGGCCUACUAGCUUUUGUGCUCUCUACAACACUAACCACAGCAUAGGGUUGCCGAUACAAAUCAACACUGCUUGGUCCUGUUUAACUUGCCUUAUUAUUUGUUAGCUAGUACUUCAUGCCUUUUAGAGUAGUAAGUUUGCCUGAAGCAGGUGCUUCUGUGGUGGUCUGUGUCUGCUUUCCUCUGUGGAUAACUUGUUGUGAAUGAUUGGUGGCGAUUGGAGAUGUGUUCCUUCUGGCAUUUGUUGAUCUUUCCCUCUACAAACAGACAUGAGGAAAAACUAACUCUGAAACACACCAACCAGAUGAGAUUCUGUACAGCUUGCCCUGUCUGAGUAGCUGAUGAUUUUUGUGUUUUUAGUCCAAACUGUUUAAAAAAAAAAAAAAAAAAAAAGUGUAAAAAGGCUGCUUUCUUUUUAUUUCUCCCUCCUGUUUUUGAAGGUACUUACACCCACCGUUCAGCCACAGUGACCCAGUAGUACAUUGUGAUGCCUCAUUAGACUUCAGUCAAAGCAAAGCCAACACCUUGACCUCUUGCCUAGAAGAUAGACCUUAACAUUGGAAAAUAAUAUUAAUAAUAAUUUCACCAAUACUUUUUGCUGCUAUCAUACAUGUGAGUGGCGUUCCUUAGUAUAUGUACAGUACGUGCUCUUGUAUGUGGUUUUCCAGGAACUGCCCUCUCCAACAAACACUCUUCUGAAUUACCCCCGUCUUGCCUGAACACAAUUACACCAGUUGGCAUGUAAGAGAUUUCUUGACCUGCUCCCCCAUCAUGAGAGGGCCCUGCAGUCAGACACUACUCCCCAAGAUCCUCUCACCUUUACUGGGUUGCUACCCUUCAUAUGUUGGAUCCAGGGGAUGGAGGGGGUCUGUUGAUGAAGACACUGACACUGCACACAGGCUUGACCGUUACCUCCGACAACAGCCACUACACCUCUUCUGGCUCUGUCUGGGUGGAACACCUCUACUGCGGUGUGUGGACCACAAAUUAUAUUCUGGAGCUCUGAGGGAUUCAGAGACUGGGAUGAUGUUGGUCUUCUGUGGUUUUAUUCUCAAUUUGUUGUUUUUGGGGUCUUAAAACUGAAAAGAAUAUUAUGUGUUCUAUUAGUAUAGGGCACUCCAUAACCAUAAAGUAAAGAAUCUGUACCUUGAAAAAUAAAUAACCGAACGUGGAUCUUUGUCCCCAUAGUGAUCUACUGUGUAACGUUAAACAAAUCCGACCUAUGUAACUUGUUUAUCAAGUGGACCUCUGGUGAUAGAAGAUGUGAACUGUACAGUUGUCUGAACUAUAGUUGGCCGUUAUAUUCUGAAUCUCACACAAUGUCCCUCGUCUGUCUAUACUCGAUGUGCUCUGAUUGACCGGCAGUUAUGGGCACACAUCUAAAGGUAAACUCUUAGAAACUGGACAUCAGUUGUCAUCAAGAGGAAUACAAGACCAGCAGGCCUCCAGUAAUCAUGUCUGAAGGGAGGGGAGACUUUUGUGGACAAAAACAUGGACAUUGGGAGGUUUUGCCCAAGGACUGAAACCAAAAAGGGCUUGCUUUUCCCUUGUAAAACUGUAGUGUGAACGAGCGAGAGAGGAUGUGGGUUUGGAAGUUUCAUUGUGAAAAUAUCAACUGUUUUAACUAUUUAAGAUGUAUUUACUCUAACAAAAUGGCAAAUGUGCAGCAGGGCAGGAAUAAAGAUGUCAAGAUGAACUCA